CGGAGGUGGUGGGAGGCGGCGGGCGGGAGCACGGGUCCGGCCGGCCCUGGCGAUGGCGGACGCGGCAGCCUCCCCGGUGGGCAAGCGGCUGCUGCUUCUGUUCGCGGACACCGCGGGCUCGUCCUCGGCCUCGGUCCCCGCGGCGGCAGCGGCGGCGGCGGGCGGAGAUCCGGGGCCUGCGCUGCGCACUCGGGCCUGGCGGGCCGGCACUGUGCGGGCCAUGAGCGGGGCGGUGCCCCAGGACCUAGCGAUCUUUGUAGAAUUUGAUGGCUGUAACUGGAAGCAGCACUCCUGGGUUAAAGUUCACGCUGAAGAAGUUAUUGUACUUUUGCUGGAAGGGUCUCUAGUAUGGGCACCUCGGAAGGACCCAGUCCUCAUCCAGGGCACUCGAGUCUCAAUUGCACAGUGGCCAGCCCUGACUUUCACUCCCCUGGUAGAUAAACUUGGUUUGGGUUCUGUGGUUCCAGUUGAAUACCUUCUGGAUCGAGAGCUUCGUUUCCUGUCAGAUGCUAAUGGGUUGCAUUUGUUCCAGAUGGGAACAGAUAGCCAAAACCAGAUUCUUUUGGAACAUGCUGCUCUGAGAGACACAGUUAAUGCUUUGAUCAGUGACCAAAAGCUACAAGAGAUAUUCAGCCGAGGUCCCUACAGUGUUCAAGGUCACAGGGUCAAAGUGUACCAGCCAGAGGGAGAAGAAAGUUGGCUCUGUGGUGUUGUAAGCCAUCAAGACUCCAUCACCCGUCUUAUGGAGGUGUCUGUAACUGAGAGUGGUGAGAUCAAGUCCGUAGAUCCCAGACUGAUCCAUGUGAUGCUCGUGGAUAAUUCGGCGCCUCAGAGCGAGGGGGGUACGUUAAAAGCAGUAAAAUCUUCCAAAGGAAAGAAGAAGAGAGAGAGCAUAGAGGGGAAAGAUGGCCGGAGGAGGAAAAGUGCUUCGGACUCUGGGUGUGACCCUGCAUCAAAGAAAUUGAAAGGAGACAGGGGUGAAGUAGACAGUAAUGGGAGCGAUGGAGGCGAGGCAAGCCGAGGGCCCUGGAAAGGAGGGAAUGCCAGUGGAGAGCCAGGGCUGGAUCAGAGAACCAAGCAGCCACCGACUACAUUUGUCCCCCAGAUUAACCGCAACAUUCGCUUUGCCACUUACACCAAAGAAAACGGCAGGACUCUGGUGGUGCAGGAUGAGCCUGUGGGUGGGGACACACCUCUACCUUUCACUCCGUAUUCUGCAGCCACAGGUCAGACACCUUUGGCCCCAGAGGUGGGUGGAGCCGAAAAUAAAGAGGCAGGAAAAACACUGGAACAAGUUGGCCAGUGUAUGGUGGCUUCAGCAGCUGUGGUCACUACCGCCAGCUCCACCCCAACCACGGUGAGGAUCUCAGACACUGGCCUUGCAACAGGGACUGGGCCGGAAAAACAGAAAGGCAGCUGGUCGCAGGCCCCAGGAGAGAAUUCAAGGAAUUCUGUCCUGGCCUCUUCUGGAUUUGGAGCAUCACUCCCGGGUUCAUCACAAGCUUUGACUUUUGGAAGUGGAAGGAGCCAGUCCAAUGGGGUUCUUGCCACAGAGAACAAACCUUUGGGCUUCUCUUUUGGCUGUAGCCCAGCACCAGAGUCUCAGAAAGACUCUGAUCUCUCCAAAAACUUGUUUUUUCAAUGCAUGUCCCAAACUUUACCCACCAGUAACUACUUCACUACCGUUUCAGAGAAUUUGGCUGAUGAUUCCUCCAGUCGAGACUCAUUUAAACAAAGCCUUGAGAGCCUCUGUAAAGGAAGAUCCACUCUUGGAGCAGACACUAAAUCAGGCUCUAAGGCUGGCAGCUCUGUGGAUCGGAAAGUGCCUGCAGAGUCCAUGCCCACCCUCACGCCAGCCUUCCCACGGAGCCUCCUAAAUGCCCGCACCCCAGACAGUCAUGAAAAUCUAUUUUUACAGCCCCCUAAACUGUCCCGAGAAGAGCCUUCUAACCCUUUCUUGGCAUUUGUGGAGAAAGUUGAACAUAGCCCUUUCAGCAGCUUUGCAUCUCAGGCAUCAGGUAGCUCUUCCUCUGCUACCACUGUCACCUCCAAGGCAGCACCCAGCUGGCCCGAGUCUCACUCCUCUACAGAUUCAGCAUCUUUAGCAAAGAAGAAAACCCUCUUCAUCACAACUGACUCCUCCAAACUGGUGUCUGGUGUUCUGGGCUCAGCUCUUACCACUGGGGGGCCAAGCCUCUCUGCCAUGGGGAAUGGCCGCUCCAGUUCACCCACCAGCGGCCUCACCCAGCCCAUUGAGAUGCCUACUCUCUCCUCCAGCCCCACAGAGGAGAGGCCAACUGUGGGGCCUGGGCAGCAGGACAAUCCUCUCCUUAAAACCUUUAGUAACGUCUUUGGCAGGCACUCAGGCAGCUUUCUGUCCUCCCCAGCAGAUUUUUCACAGGAGAACAAAGCUCCUUUUGAAGCUGUGAAAAGGUUCUCACUGGAUGAGCGAAGCUUGGCUUGCAGACAGGACUCAGACUCCAGUACCAAUAGUGACCUGUCAGAUUUAAGCGACUCUGAGGAGCAGCUCCAAGCCAAGACCGGUCUAAAGGGGAUUCCGGAACACCUGAUGGGGAAGCUGGGCCCCAAUGGGGAACGCAGUGCUGAGCUGUUGCUGGGAAAAGGCAAAGGGAAGCAGGCCCCCAAGGGCCGGCCUCGGACUGCUCCCUUGAAAGUGGGCCAGUCAGUGCUGAAAGAUGUGAGCAAAGUAAAGAAGCUGAAGCAGUCUGGAGAGCCCUUCCUGCAGGAUGGGUCUUGCAUCAAUGUAGCCCCUCACCUGCACAAGUGUCGUGAGUGCCGCCUGGAGCGGUAUCGGAAGUUUAAGGAGCAGGAGCAAGAUGAUUCCACUGUGGCCUGCCGCUUCUUUCACUUCCGGAGGUUGAUCUUCACUCGAAAAGGGGUACUCCGAGUGGAAGGGUUUCUGAGUCCCCAGCAAAGUGACCCUGAUGCCAUGAACCUGUGGAUUCCCUCUUCCUCCCUAGCAGAAGGAAUAGACCUAGAAACCUCAAAAUACAUUCUGGCCAAUGUUGGAGACCAGUUCUGCCAACUUGUGAUGUCUGAGAAGGAGGCCAUGAUGAUGGUGGAGCCACACCAGAAAGUGGCAUGGAAGCGAGCGGUCCGAGGUGUACGGGAGAUGUGUGAUGUAUGUGAAACAACCCUCUUCAACAUCCACUGGGUUUGUCGCAAAUGUGGAUUUGGGGUCUGCCUUGACUGUUACAGGCUCAGGAAAAGCCGACCACGCAGUGAGACAGAAGAGAUGGGUGAUGAAGAGGUUUUCUCCUGGUUGAAGUGUGCAAAGGGGCAGUCCCAUGAGCCAGAGAAUCUCAUGCCCACACAGAUAAUCCCUGGCACAGCUCUUUACAAUAUUGGAGACAUGGUACAUGCUGCCCGGGGCAAGUGGGGAAUUAAAGCAAACUGCCCUUGCAUUAGUCGGCAGAACAAAUCUGUGUUGAGACCUGCUGUCACUAAUGGGAUGUCACAGCUUCCUAGCAUAAACCCUAGUGCCUCUUCUGGAAAUGAAACCACCUUCUCAAGCGGAGGAGGAACUGCACCCGGAACACAACCAGAGACAGACCAUGUUCCCAAAGCCGACAGUACUGACAGCAGAUCAGAUGAGCCUCUGAAAGCAGACAGUUCGACAUCAAAUAGCAAUAGUGAGCUAAAAGCCAUCAGGCCCCCUUGCCCUGACACAGCCCCACCCUCCUCUGCCCUGCACUGGUUGGCGGAUUUAGCAACUCAGAAGGCUAAAGAAGAAACAAAAGAAGCAGGGUCCCUGAGGUCGGUGCUCAAUAAAGAGUCUCAUUCACCCUUUGGGCUGGACUCGUUCAACUCCACUGCAAAGGUCUCUCCGUUGACUCCAAAGCUUUUUAACAGUCUGUUACUGGGUCCCACUGCCUCCAACAACAAAACUGAAGGCUCUAGCCUUCGAGACCUCCUCCACUCCGGGCCAGGAAAGCUUCCUCAAACCCCCUUGGACACAGGCAUACCCUUUCCCCCGGUCUUCUCUACAUCCUCAGCAGGAGUGAAGAACAAGGCCAGCCUACCCAACUUCCUUGACCACAUCAUUGCCUCAGUGGUAGAAAAUAAGAAAACCUCAGAUGCUGCAAAGCGGGCCUGUAACUUGACUGAUACCCAAAAGGAAGUGAAGGAGAUGGUGAUGGGGUUAAAUGUGCUGGACCCCCAUACCUCUCAUUCCUGGCUCUGUGAUGGAAGACUUUUGUGUCUUCAUGACCCCAGCAACAAAAACAAUUGGAAGAUCUUCCGGGAGUGUUGGAAGCAAGGCCAGCCAGUGCUGGUUUCAGGGGUACAUAAAAAGCUCAAGUCUGAACUCUGGAAGCCAGAAGCCUUUAGCCAGGAAUUUGGAGACCAGGAUGUGGACUUGGUGAACUGCAGGAACUGUGCUAUAAUUUCCGAUGUGAAAGUUCGGGAUUUCUGGGAUGGCUUCGAGAUCAUAUGCAAACGAUUAAGGUCAGAAGAUGGGCAGCCAAUGGUGCUCAAACUCAAGGACUGGCCUCCUGGGGAAGAUUUUCGGGACAUGAUGCCAACAAGGUUUGAAGAUCUGAUGGAGAACCUUCCUCUGCCAGAAUAUACUAAGCGAGAUGGCAGGCUCAAUCUGGCCUCCAGGCUACCCAGCUAUUUUGUUAGGCCUGAUCUGGGCCCCAAGAUGUACAAUGCCUACGGCUUGAUAACAGCAGAAGACAGAAGAGUUGGCACAACAAAUCUUCACUUAGAUGUGUCUGAUGCAGUUAAUGUGAUGGUGUAUGUUGGGAUCCCCAUCGGGGAGGGUGCUCAUGAUGAAGAGGUUCUCAAAACAAUUGACGAGGGAGAUGCUGAUGAGGUGACAAAGCAAAGGAUUCAUGAUGGAAAGGAGAAACCCGGUGCUUUGUGGCAUAUCUAUGCAGCCAAGGAUGCAGAGAAGAUCCGGGAGCUGCUCCGAAAGGUUGGAGAAGAGCAAGGCCAAGAGAAUCCCCCUGAUCAUGAUCCAAUUCAUGACCAAAGUUGGUACUUGGACCAGACCCUACGUAAGCGGCUCUAUGAGGAAUAUGGUGUGCAAGGCUGGGCCAUUGUUCAGUUCCUGGGAGAUGCUGUCUUCAUACCUGCUGGAGCCCCACACCAGGUGCACAAUCUAUACAGUUGCAUCAAAGUUGCAGAAGACUUCGUGUCUCCAGAACACGUAAAGCACUGUUUUCGCCUGACGCAGGAAUUCAGGCAUCUCUCUAACACUCACACAAACCAUGAGGAUAAACUGCAGAAUAUAAGCUGUUUAAGCUCCAUGAAGGCAGAGGUUUUGCUGUUUUAGUUGACUGCUUUUCCCUAGGACAUGUCUGACACAUAGUGAAGAACAUCAUUUAUCACGCAGUGAAAGAUGCUGUUGGCACCCUCAAGGCUCAUGAGUCCAAGCUGGCAAGAUCGUAGGCAUGGAGAAAUUUCAAACUCCCCUGUGAAGCAGGUCUUUCACUCACAACACAUACAGGGAACGACAGGGUUCUCUGCUGGAGCAGAGGUCCUUCACUUGGAGCCAGUGUGGUCAGUAUUACAAACUCUCCAGCCACUCUUUUCUACGCUGCCUCAACACUGAAGGUUGACACAGGAAAGUCGCACUGUUCACACACACAGUUUCAGACUCCAAGCCGAGGGUGCCACAUCCCUAUCCUGUGGCCUUUUGGGACUUCAGAUUGCCUGAACAUCACUGGGCUGUCCUGCACAUUCUCAUGAUUUGAGAUUUGUGGAAACCAGGAAUGUGGGCACACCUUUCUUUUUUUUUUCUCUUGUGCCUAGUUAAGUGGGAAUGUGUUUGGAGGUAGGGGGAAAUCACAUACCUGGUACAUGUGGGGGCUAAUUGUUUAAACACGCCUGGUGGAAGCCUGAUGGUGUCUCUACACAUGACCUCUGACACAGCCCAUCCCAGGAGACGGGUGAAGCCAUUCCCCACCAUCUCUCUCCCAUGAACACUGAAGUCUUGAAGGACCCAGGGAGAAUCCACUGCUUUUCCCAAGAGGCUCCAGGAUUAGGAAACGUGUGUAUUUAGUGAAAAAUAGGUUUGUAGUGAAAUAGUUACUAUUUCAUGAAAGUAGAUAUUUUUAGAACUUUUGAAAUACCACAGUUGUUUUCCUGGAUUAUGAGGAAAGGCACAUUACAUUUAGUCUUCCUUCGAGAAAACUCUUUGAAGAAAUAAGAUUUUUAGAAAUCAACUGCCCAUUAUAGCACAAAAAUCAGCCAAAGCAGAAUUUAAAAGAAUUGGCUUUUUAGGAUUCUUUUAAUUUCACCCCCCUCCCAUCUCAGCCCUAUCUUGAGGGAACAGCCAUCUUGAGAAAGAACUUUGUCGUGUCUGAGCUGUGGUGUGUUCCAUGCAUACACACACUGGUGACUCCAGGAACCAUUUCCACCUAUUACCAGCGUUCCCUUGGGACUCCUCUUGUAGUUCCAAAUUCAAAGGAAAGUUUGCUUUCCUACAUGAGGCUUUUUGUUUUGGGAGUUUUUUUGUCCAGAAAUAUUUUCAGCAAAACUUUCCAACUCAGUGGAGUUUUAUUAAGAAUUUAUUUGAAAAUGAUGGAAUUCAUUGGUCCAUAGAUACAUUGGAAAAUGUAUCUAUCUUCUUCCCAGCUGUACUGUAGUGCCCUGCAGGCUUGUUUAUAUGUUCACAGUUACUUUUUUUUUUAAAUAAAAGUCAUUUACUGUAGAAUACUUUUAAUUUCACUUUCUGUAUUUUAAUUUUGUUGAAGGGCUGAUUGGGAUUUCCAUGUUCUUAUUAAAAAUCUAACAAAUCUGUU